AUGGGAGCCACCAAUACGAAUUCUCUUGCUGAUUACUUGGUCAGCAUUCGCACCAAGAAACAACCAAAACAACAAUUUCACAAGAAUCACAAGCAAGGAGAAACAUUCAAGCAAACACGAGUUAAAAGACCUGAUGAUGAUGAUAACAACAAAAGGAACAACCACUCGACAAUUGACACGACCAAGACGAAGCGAAUCAAGACUGCUAAAAAAGAAGAAACAGUCAUGACUCUUGCCUCUAAAAAUUCCAGCACCAAGGCAAAAAUCCAGACGCCCCAGUAUUCCGCAGCAUGCACGCUGCAGCCACAUUUUACCAAGGAUGCUUCAUUACGACUAGUGCAAGGCAAGAACCUUGAGCAGGAACAAAAAAGUCAAUGCAAGGAACAUGUUCAAUACCAAUUGGAGAUUCCAUCUGGCUUGUUGGACGAUUUCUCAAUGGAAGCUCAUCCAUCCAAUUCGAACGCUUCCGACUCAUCUUGCAGCAUUAGCCAAAUUACGCAAGAUUCUUCAUUGGAUGAAGAAGACUAUGCGUACAGCAGCGAGGAGGAAGAAAAAGACUGUCAUGAUGACAAUAAUGAUGAUGAUGGUCAUGAUGAUGAUCAAGAGAUGCAGUCCAGAGACGGCAGCGGAUGUAAUCAUCACAUUCUGGAACCAAGCAGACAAUACUCCCCAGAUGCCAAACUUCCCGAAGUGAAGGAAGGGGCACGAAUGCUUUUGGAUUUAUUGUCCAUGCCAUGA